CCUAGCGUGGUUACGUAGCUGCUAUGUGAAUGUGACGGCUGUAAAGGGUCCUGCUUACAUAGUUAUGGUGCUCAUUCUCGGAAUUGGGAAUAAUCGUCAUACGGAGACACGGUGACCUGAAUGUGACAUAGAAGUGCGAUCGUAUCUUGCUGACACCAAUCUGUUCCCAUCCUGAGUAAUAAACAUGGCAGACUCUGUGCUGGAAGAGCUGCGUAAACUUGAGUACCUGUCUUUGGUCUCCAAAGUUUGCACUGAGCUGGAUAACCAUUUGGGGAUUAACGACAAAGACUUAGCUGAAUUUGUAAUUGAUAUUGCAGAGAAGUCUACUACUUUCGACUCUUUUAAAGCUUCUUUGGAGAAAAAUGGAGCAGAAUUCACAGAUUCUCUUAUUAGCAAUUUAUUGCGUUUGAUUCAGACCAUGAGGCCACCAACAAAACCAUCAACAAGCAAAGAAGCAUUGGUUAAGCCCAAAAAUGAAAAAGAAAAGAUUAAAGAAUUAUUUCCAGCGCUUUGCCGACCAGAUAAUCCCAGUGUUCGAAGCAUGCUGGAUCCAGAGGAUCUGAAGGUGGCUGCCAAUGCCUUGAAAGAGCUUGAAGCAUUAAUGCCCAGUCUGGAAGGGCAAGAAAAAGACAAAAGGACCAAGCACAAGGAUAAGAAGAAAAGGAAGAGCCGCAGUCGUAGCCGAGACAGGGAUCAGAAGCGCAGAUACAGAUCACGCUCUAGAUCCAGAGACCGCAAAAAAAUAAAGUCUGGUCGACACAGGUCAAGGAGUCGUAGCCCCAUUAAGGAUCACAGGAGUCGUAGCCCCAUUAAAGAUCAUAGGAGUCAUAGCCCCAAGAAAGAACGCCGGAGUCCCACCAAGGACCACAGGAACCGAGAGCAGCACAAUGAAAACAACAAUGAGCGCUGGAGAGAGAAGCAUGUGGACAGGCCACCUCCUGAAGAGCCUGCUAUUGGGGAUAUUUACAAUGGCAAAGUCACCAGUAUCAUGCAGUUUGGUUGUUUUGUUCAGCUGGAGGGCCUAAGGAAACGCUGGGAAGGAUUAGUACACAUAUCGGAGCUACGUAGAGAAGGGCGAGUGGCAAAUGUGGCUGAUGUUGUAAGCAAAGGACAAAGAGUAAAGAUCAAGGUCCUUUCCUUCACUGGAUGCAAAACCAGUCUAAGUAUGAAGGACGUGGAUCAAGAUACCGGGGAAGAUCUAAAUCCUAACAGACGGAGGAACCUGGUUGGUGAAAACAAUGAAGAGGCCUCAAUGCGGAACCCAGAUAGGCCUAGCCACCUCUCUUUGGUAAAUGCCCCUGAGGUCGAAGAUGACACGUUGGAAAGAAAACGUCUCACCAAGAUCUCUGACCCAGAAAAGUGGGAAAUUAAGCAGAUGAUUGCUGCCAAUGUCCUCUCCAAAGAAGAAUUUCCAGAUUUCGAUGAAGAAACUGGUAUCCUGCCUAAGGUGGAUGAUGAAGAAGAUGAGGACCUGGAGAUUGAGCUGGUGGAAGAGGAGCCUCCAUUCCUCAGAGGACACACAAAACAGAGUAUGGACAUGAGCCCCAUUAAAAUAGUAAAGAAUCCUGAUGGUUCUCUUUCUCAAGCCGCCAUGAUGCAGAGUGCUCUAGCUAAGGAGAGACGAGAACUGAAACAAGCACAGCGGGAGGCUGAGAUGGAUUCUAUUCCUAUGGGCCUGAACAAGCACUGGGUGGAUCCCUUGCCUGAUGUUGAUGGCCGACAAAUUGCUGCUAACAUGAGGGGUAUUGGGAUGAUGCCGAAUGAUAUUCCUGAGUGGAAGAAGCAUGCUUUUGGGGGGAACAAGGCUUCCUAUGGAAAGAAAACGCAGAUGUCAAUUCUUGAGCAGAGGGAGAGUCUCCCCAUUUACAAGCUGAAAGAGCAGCUGGUGCAGGCUGUUCAUGACAACCAGAUACUCAUUGUUAUUGGGGAAACUGGCUCUGGGAAAACCACCCAGAUCACCCAAUAUCUGGCUGAAGCUGGCUACACAACAAGGGGCAAAAUCGGCUGCACCCAGCCCAGGAGAGUGGCUGCGAUGUCUGUUGCAAAACGAGUGUCUGAGGAAUAUGGUUGCUGCUUGGGGCAGGAGGUGGGAUAUACUAUUCGAUUUGAAGACUGCACAAGUCCUGAGACUGUCAUCAAGUACAUGACAGACGGAAUGUUGCUUAGAGAGUGUCUGAUUGACCCUGAUUUGACACAAUACGCCAUCAUCAUGCUUGACGAAGCACACGAGAGAACCAUCCACACAGAUGUUCUGUUUGGACUCCUUAAGAAGACUGUGCAGAAACGUCCUGAUAUGAAACUUAUUGUGACAUCUGCAACUUUGGAUGCUGUGAAAUUCUCACAGUAUUUCUACGAGGCUCCAAUCUUCACAAUACCUGGUCGAACAUACCCGGUAGAGAUCCUUUACACUAAGGAGCCUGAAACAGACUACCUAGAUGCCAGUCUCAUCACUGUUAUGCAGAUACAUCUGACAGAACCUCCAGGUGAUAUCUUGGUUUUCCUAACUGGGCAAGAAGAAAUUGACACAGCCUGUGAAAUACUGUAUGAGCGCAUGAAGUCUCUUGGGCCCGAUGUCCCUGAACUGAUCAUCCUCCCUGUCUAUUCGGCCUUGCCCAGUGAGAUGCAGACAAGAAUCUUUGACCCAGCUCCCCCUGGGAGCAGGAAGGUAGUCAUUGCCACCAACAUUGCAGAAACUUCCCUCACUAUCGAUGGCAUCUACUAUGUGGUGGACCCUGGCUUUGUAAAGCAGAAAGUUUACAACUCCAAAACUGGGAUUGAUCAGCUGGUAGUCACUCCUAUCUCACAGGCUCAGGCCAAGCAGAGAGCAGGCAGAGCAGGAAGGACUGGUCCUGGGAAGUGUUACCGUCUUUACACUGAGCGUGCCUAUCGGGAUGAAAUGCUUACCACCAAUGUGCCUGAAAUUCAGAGAACCAACUUGGCCAGCACAGUCUUGUCACUUAAGGCUAUGGGCAUCAAUGAUUUGCUAUCUUUCGAUUUCAUGGAUGCCCCCCCUAUGGAGACACUCAUCACAGCCAUGGAACAGCUGUACACCCUUGGAGCGUUAGAUGAUGAAGGCUUGCUAACACGUCUAGGGAGGAGGAUGGCAGAGUUUCCCUUGGAGCCCAUGCUGUGUAAGAUGCUGAUCAUGUCCGUACAUCUCGGCUGCAGUGAGGAGAUGCUGACCAUUGUUUCUAUGCUGUCUGUCCAGAAUGUGUUCUACAGACCUAAGGACAAACAAGCCCUCGCUGACCAGAAGAAGGCUAAGUUCCACCAGACAGAGGGAGACCACCUGACACUGCUGGCUGUGUACAACUCCUGGAAGAACAACAAGUUCUCUAACCCUUGGUGCUACGAAAACUUUAUUCAGGCUCGCUCUUUACGGCGUGCCCAGGAUAUCCGCAAACAGAUGUUAGGCAUUAUGGACAGACAUAAACUUGAUGUUGUAUCCUGUGGAAAAGCAACUGUGAGAGUACAGAAGGCCAUAUGCAGUGGAUUCUUCCGAAAUGCUGCCAAGAAGGAUCCUCAAGAGGGAUAUCGGACCCUCAUAGACCAACAGGUGGUCUACAUUCACCCAUCCAGUGCUCUAUUUAACAGACAGCCAGAGUGGGUUGUGUACCAUGAGCUAGUCCUGACCACCAAGGAGUACAUGAGGGAAGUCACCACCAUAGACCCCCGUUGGCUUGUAGAAUUUGCUCCAGCUUUCUUCAAAGUAUCUGACCCAACCAAACUCAGCAAGCAGAAAAAACAGCAGAGAUUGGAGCCCCUUUACAACCGCUACGAGGAGCCCAACGCUUGGAGAAUUUCCCGGGCCUUCAGACGUCGGUGAUGUGCCUGCUGACAAAGAUAUUACUAUUCGGAAAACUUCAUCUCAUACUCUGCUAAAGAAUGGAUACGAAAUGCUUUUCGUAACAUACUACAGAUUUAUGGCCAUAUGUAAAUUAUUUAUGUAUAUAUAUAUUAUUUUUUUUAACUGGAUGUAUUCUCAGACAUUUUUGCUACAUACAACAGCAGGCAGCAUUGUCUGGGAUUCAAACUAUGAGAGAGAUUUGAUCAAAUGUCUUUGUGUAGUCAUUGCAGAGAUUGUGUAGAGAUGAAACAUCACGUGAUCACUUUAUAAUAACUCAAGUAGCAAAGUGAGUGUUAUACAGGUACAUCACAUCUGUCAAACCAUUGGCUUAUCAUCUGAAGACUUAUACAGUACAACUGGGUAUCAAAACUAAACAUUUUCCAGACCUGUUAGUGCAAGUCAGUUACUUUGUCUAAUGAUUUACAUUAACUUUGAUAAACCAUCUUUUAGCCUUGAUGUAAGAAUGUAAGAAAGAAGUACAUCUAUUUCAAAAGGUACUGCUCAUUCUUUUACACUUCGUUUCUGGGCUCCUGUGUAAGACACUGAAAUUUGCUGGUGUAAAACAUUCUAAACCAAAAAUAUAAGUGGAUACAAUAAUGAGGCACGUGUAGCACAUACAAUCUUGCAUUAUGUCUGCUUACAGAGUGUAGUUUGCAUAUGCAGCCAGAGGUUUUUUUUUCUGCUAUCCUACUAAAAACCAUCCUGUUGGGUUCAUGCCUAUGUAAUAAGCCUCUCAGAGUACACCACAGGAGGCUGAUCUAGCAUUGUUGGGAUAGGCCAGAUCUGUAGUCCUGAAAACCACAUACUGUAGCAGCUAAAUGAAAGGCACAAGUCCCCCCUCCGCUCCCCUCCCAAUUUGGCUAUACCCUGUACAGAGGGAUAAUCUACAACUAUGGGGUAUAUUCAAUUGUCUGAGCUGCCGUCUUGUUGGAAAGACGGCAGUUUCCGACUUUCUUAGGUCGAAAACUGUUCUGACCUAUUCAAUCCACCUGCCGUUUUUCUGACAAAUCAACUCCGACUUGUCGGAAAAAAACGUGGAUCGGCAGAAUAGCCGCGGAUCAACGUGUUUUGUCGGAAACAUGGCCAAAUCAGACAGGUUUUAGCUUAGUUUCCGACCAUGUCAAUUCCGACUUGGAUUGGCAUUGUCGAACGCCCAAAUCUUGCCGGAUUUGGCCGAGAAUGGAAUACUCAAAUUUGCGUUGGAAAGGAUCCAACAGCAAUUGAAUACACCCCUGUGUGUAGCAUAUACUUUUUUUUUUCUACGAACAAUUAAGCAAAUGAAAUGUUUGAGGGUAGUGUACUAUUACAGACAGACAGUGAGAGCUUUCUUCACAAACUCCACUUUAUCUCAAAUAUCCUUGUUUGUAAUAAGGGCCUGUCAUAGUCUCAGAUAUAUUUGUGAAUGUUAUUAUUUUAUACAGUACUUAAACAUUUUGUCUGAAGAUUCCUUUCUGAUCUUGGUUUCCAUAUAUCUUGCUACACCAGGGUUAGGAAUGUAAAGGUUCUCCCUAUGGGAUAGUUUAUUUGUGAUCUAAAUUCCUGUUCAAAGUUUUACAUUACUGCUUGGUCUAUAAACAACUGUUAUUUUAUCUAUUUGUUUAAGAAAGCUUGUUGGUGACUGUAGUUAUUAUGUGUUUAUAGUUGGAGAAUUUGUAACAAAUCUGACUUGGCCAUGAUCCACAAAUCCACUGUUAAAACUAUACAAAUAAUGUAAGGGAGUUACUAGCUUUAGACAACAUUUUGAUCUGUUCUGAUAUUUGGUGUUUAAUGCUCAAAGCUCAUAAAGACUUAAAAUAAACCUCUUUGAAGACCUGGAUAGUUGAAGCUGUUGGUGGUAUUUCUGAAAACUGAUGUAGAGGAAAUAGUAACAACAAACCAUUGAGGAAAGCAAUUGUUGGGCCAAGCCACACACUUGUUUGUUUCAGAAUCUGUUUUAUUCAUUUAUUAAAUUUUAUCCAAGCAUCCUCCUUCACUGUAGAUAUCAUAUUAACAUAACAGUAGCCCACCCAUCAGGUAAGGUAUACUAGGCAUGUGCAGCCGCAUCUGUAAUCUAUAAAUGAACCACAGCAUCUGUGUUAGUCUUACAUGAUCAGAUGUUCGUUGACUACAUCAGGGAUAUGUAAUCUGAUUCGGCAUGGAGAUUUCCUGUUUACAGUUCUAUAUGAUCACCAUUAAUCUCUCAUGGCUCAGAGACGUACCCUGCUGCUCUUUGUAGUUUGCAAACUGACGUUUUCUAACCGAGCCAUAAGGAAUUAUUAGUGAUCAAAUAUCCCUGCUGCCUAAGUGAUAGCUUUCUGAAGAAGUCAAUUGAGGGAAACACAUUGCACAUUCAGGUCACAGGAUCAUGUCCUUCACAAAUCCGGAAGUGCUCAGUAUAGGAGGAAUUUAGGUUACUAGGAACACAGACACACUGGCUUAGUUACAGACAAGCCCUGUGUUUAUACUGUUGCUGUAUGUGCAUUUACUUUUAUAUACAUCAAUUGUAAUAAAUUUGUGACACCA